AUGACUUUCCCAAAGCGCCAAUUGUUUCCCAAUUCCACUCCACGUGCCAGGAACAAUUUGGACAAACAAUUGCAUGAAAUUUGCAAGAGAAACUUCACCCAAUUUUGCAAGAAAUAUGACAAUUUGAAGUGGGAGCCUAUCGAUACAGAAACUGCUCAUGUCCCCUCUUUCUACCUACCUAAGUAUGGAUUGGAUGAGAGAAGAGAUAAAGUGACGAAAGUGGUGAAGUCCAAGGCUUUCCAGAGACUCACAUUUUCCAGAAGUGAAGCCCUACUAGACCAACAAAUUGCCCACCCAAAUUCACUGAAUUCUUUGCUUGAGAACACUCAUAUCGAUGGGCCUGUUGAAAAUAAGGAAAACUCGUCUUCAUGCACACCUCCAUCACCUCCUCUGCAAAUUAUGGAUGCCACUGAGGAGACUACAACUCCUCGAACAUUAGAAUACAAUGAGAAUGAAAUCGAAUCCAAUGAGAAAUUUCAAAAGAUACUUGACUCUCAAGAGCAACUCACUCGACUACAACAUUUUGAGGAGAAAAACACAGAGGACCUCUAA